CACAGCCCCGCCCCGCGACCAAGAUGGCGACGCUCGCAGGAGGCGGCCUGGGCGCGCUGGGCGCCCAUGAAGCCGCCGCCGCAGCCGCUGCCCUCUCGCUGCCCGCCGAGGCCUACGGGAACGACCCCACCGUGGAGAUGAUCUGGGCCAUGAAGGCCCACCAGCACGCCGAGGUCUACUUCAACCUCAUUUCUUCAGUUGAUCCCAAAUUCCUGAAACUUACCAAAGCCGACGACCAGAUCUACACUGAAUUCAGGAAGGACUUUAACCAUCUUAAGAUUGAUGUGCUCGACUCUGAGGAUCUUAAAUCCGAACCUGCUAAAGAGAAAUGGCGUCCAUUCUGCUUGCAGUUUGAUGGAGUAGUUGAGGACUUUAAUUAUGGCACACUUCUACGUCUGGAUUGCAGUAAAGGUUACACAGAAGAGAACACAGUAUUUGCAACCAGGAUCCAAUUCUUCGCCAUUGAAAUAGCCCGUAACCGAGAAGGCUACAACAGUGUGGUCUACAACAAUGCCAAGAAAGCCAGCUCAGCCACAGAAGAGAUUAGCUCCGGGUGAGACGUUUUGCUCUCAGAAAGGGCAACACAUUCAGAAUGGACAGGGAUCAUGGCUUUGCACCAGCAUCAACUCUAGCUGAGCUGCAGACUGUUCCCGUUUCAAGGCAGAGGUGUAAAAGCCACAGCUGCUGCUGGAAUGUUAAGGUGCCAAAAUGAUCUAAAUAAUGGAUAACGGUGACGCAACAGACUGAUAAUGUCAAGAGUCCAAAUACUAUGGAAAUGAACUCAACAUUAAAAGCUAAAAUGAAAA